UAGAUAUGUGAAUAAUAACUAAUUACGGAGAAACAAUAUGACCGUUGAACGAGACGAGUUGUUAAAGUUUAUUAAUAAUGAUAGUGACCAGAAUUUUAAUUUUCCAGUGAUUUUUACAACCAGGAGCUUAUCUCGGAACUCUAAACAUGACGCCUUACGUCGUAACGUUUCCAUCCAGAGUUCUCAGUAUCGUAAAUCCGACGCCAGAUUGGUGAACAAGAGAGGCAGAACGAAACUCUACUUCAAAAAAAUUCCGCACAAGUCGAUCAAGUUCGCCAGAGAUCUAUGGAACACCCUGGUGAUGAUGCAGUGGCGGUGGCUAUUACUGGUUGUGGCCCUGGUUAAUCUUGUGGCGUAUUUGUGCUGCGGCAUAUUGUUUUAUUACGAUUCGUGGUUUAGCGGAGAUUUUGAUAAUAGUUCCGAUCAUUUAGUUUGCAUUGAGGGAGUGAACAAAAUAUCAAAUUUCUUUAUGCUCGGAAUAGAGACGAUGACCACUACCGGAUAUGGAUAUAUGCAUCCUACUGAAAACUGCAGUCUGUUUUACGUAGUACUGACGUUCAGUACUCUGACCAGUAUCUUCAUAGAUGGCAUGUUUAUAUCUGUAGUAUACGCUAAACUGAACAGGAUCAAAGAUCAAAACGUAUAUGGAAAAAUUUUCAGUAGAAAAGCCGUGAUAGCUAUGAGAAACGGAUCUUUGUGUCUAAUAGUACGGGUAAAUGAUAGGGAAGGAAAACACUGGAUAACUAGCGACAUACGGAUGUACCUGAUAAAAGAAUCCGUAUCGGAGGAAGAUGUAAUUGAUAAACAUUUUGUCACAGAAUUGGAGACACAGCCCUAUGGUAUGUUGUUCUGGCCAAUUGAUGUCGUGCACGAAAUCAACUGCAAAAGUCCCUUGUGGCAGGUUUCUGCUAGAGACUUGAUGACCAACAAACUGGAAAUUGUUGUGGUGGUAUCAGGCAGUUCUGUCAAAACCGGCCAAUCCACCAAAAGCCAAACUUCGUACCUAAACAAAGAGAUCAUGUGGGGUUACCGCUUUGCGCCUUGCUUGGAGCAUAACGCUGCCAAAAAGGAGUACGUAGUUAACAAGAGACUUUUCAACACGACAGUACCUCAAGAAGUACCACUUUGCAGCGCCAAAGUUCUGGACUCUUUGCAGAAACAUAUCAACGAGAGGCGGUCUUUGAAUGUGGAUCUGUUGAACGGACAGACGGAUUGUGGGAGGAAUUUAUUAAAGACAAACGAAAUUUAAUAUUUUCACUAUAAAUUUGCUUAAAGACGCCUUUUAAUCCUUGUAAAUAUAGUGUUAGAGAUUAAAGGCCAAUUAUUAAGUGAUGUAAUUAUUAUUGUAAGGACAUAUUUUUUCUUACAACGAUGCCAUGCUCUGUAGAGAAUGUACAAAUCUUAAAUAAAUAAAUAAAUAAAUAAAUGCCUUUAUUGU